CAGAGCAGCGGGCGGUGGGGGAGCAGCUUAAAAACACCGAUUGCUCUCAGACACGUUCCUUUCAACAGGCUCAGAUGCCUUAUGAGGAGGAUCAACCCAAUGAAAAAACCUACGCUAUUAUCCCCAAACCUCGGGGAAAUCGGGCUCAGCGUAUGAGCUAUGUCUUGCUUGCCCUGUGUGCCUUCAUCCUGUAUCUCAUUGAACAAAACUUCAGUCACAUACUCCGGUGCCUUAUUGUCCAUUUCACAGCCCUGCAGGCUGGAUCACUGUUGAAGGGUAUUUGCAACUUCGCAGAAGAAAUGGAUCAUGUGACAUCCAGGUAUCAUGGGAGCUACGGAAGGGCCCUGAGCGCCUGCCUGGACUUACGCAGACACGCUCUCUGCUUUGUGUUCUUGUGUGGGGUGGCCUACUUUUUGUGCCUCGAAGAAACUGGCCUGCCAGUGUAUUUGAACCUGACCCUUAUGAGCCUUUGCCAGCUUUUGAGCAUUAUCUUUGGCAUUCAGCAUCCCUCAGCCGCAGAGAUUUCUGAAAUACAUGAACAAAACAACUGCAAUGUAGCACAAGGACUUGCCUGGUCAUACUAUAUUGGGUAUUUAAAAGUCAUUUUGCCUUCCCUGAAAGACUUGAUCAGUGAUUUCAACAGAAGUCAUGGCGAGUUGCUGACAUGCAAGAAGACUUGGAAAUUGCACAUUCUGAUUCCCCUAAGCUGUGAUGUGUAUGAUGACCUGCAGAAAGUUGACAGUCAUAUUCAGUUCAUAAACAACCUCCCUGAACUGAGAGUGGAUCGUGCUGGUGUUAAACAAAGAAGCUACAAAAAUAGUGUCUAUGGAAUAUUGGGUGAAGACCAAAAGAUGAAUUAUUGUGUUUUAGAGUAUGCCACCCCUCUAAAGUCCCUCUAUGCCAUGUCCCAAGAUGAAAAUGCUGGCUUCAGCAGUCAAGACCGUCUGGAACAAGCCAAGCUUUUCUGCAGAACACUGGAAGAAAUCUUACAGAAAUCUAAAGAGUGUUCUGACUGCUACCGGCUCAUUGUGUAUGAUGAUUCAGAAAACAACGACACGCACUGUUUAUCCAAGGCUCUCUUAGGACACAUAAGGCAGCAGCACCAGGAGGAGUAUAAUGUGCAUGAAAGGCUGCAAGGCUGCAUAGAGUCAGAGAACUUACCAUCUAACGGGACCCAGCUCCUGCUAAGUGGGUCAGAUCAACCCCAACCUUUGCAUAGUUUUUAGGGAUGUGCU